UUGGUUGGCGUAAUAUUAUUUACUGCUACACUGCUUUUUGUUCAGACGCCAUUAAAUGGAUUUUGUAUUAAAGUAAUGAUUUAAACAAUAGUUUAUAAAAUCGGCGCUUUAACGUGUAGUAUACGUAGUUUAAAACAGAAACAGAACCAGAAAACAGCAUGGCAAAUCCAGUUCCAACGAAGAUUGUGCUUAAAAGCACUACCAAGAUGUCACUGAAUGAUCGCUUCACGAACAUUCAGAAAACGAGACCGCAGCCCGCACCGUCGCCACAGAACAUCCGAUCCAACAUCGCGCAGCAGCAGCAGGCCAGUGCCAAGAAUCGCCGGCUGGCGCAGCAGUUUGCAAACAGACCCGGAAUGGGUUCGCCUAAUUCACUGUCCGAGGACGGGAUGGCAAAUAGAGUAGGUGUGGUCACUGCUAUGAAGAAUACAAAGAGAAGCCUACAGCAAAGACUGGGUCGCGGCAACAUCAAAGCACGUCUCAACUUCGCAGCAGUUGGUCGGGGCGGGGACCAGAUGGGUGGGCGUGGCCAACCGAGAGGUCGUGGCAUGCGGCGAGGUCGUGGAGGUCAGCGCGGCUGGGUGAACCCCGUGGGAGACGGUGGCUUCAUGUCUCGAGGUCGCGGCUUCCCUAGGGCCCGAGGACAGCCGGGAAGAGGAGGGUUCCGCAGUCUGUCAAGAGGUCGGAACAUGCGGCGGGGAGGAGGAGAUUUUCGUGGGGGGCGAGGUGGAAGAGGAAUGACGUUCAGCAGGGGUCGGGGCGACCAGAAUAGUCGAUUCUUUCGAGGACGAGGAGGGGUCAGAGGUCGUGGGAAUUGGAGAGGUUUCCAAGGCGAUGUAUUCAGGGGAGGUCGCGGAAGGUCACGAGGACGAGGUCGGGGUCCUGGAGGAAGAGGUCUGCAGAGGGGUCGUGGGGGCAGAGGUCGUGGUCGGGGUCGAGGUGCGGCCAAUCCAGUUUCUCAGGAGGAGCUGGACAACCAGCUGGAGGAGUACAUGUCUAAGACGAAGAACCACCUGGAUCACGAACUAGACGUAUACAUGGCAGAGGCCAACCCCAGCUGAGGCGCAGCGACAUGCUUAGGACUUGACUGUGACCCUUUAUAACAAGCAUGGUGCCCACGAUCAUGUAGGAUAGUACAUGUGGAAUUGGACAUGGCUGAAUUCAAACUGUUUUUUAGGCAUUUCAAACAAUAUGUUUUAGGCAUUUCAAACGACGUGUUUGGGCAUAUGAUCAUGUAGGAUAGUAAAUGUGGAAUUGGACUGUAUUCAGUGGCUGAUUCAGACUGUGUUUUAGGCAUUGCAACCAAUGUGUUGUGCACAUGAUCAAGUUUACUGUAGGACAGUAAAUGACUUUAGAAGUGAAGUGUAUUCAGUGCAGGAAUUCAUGUAUUUAAGGCAUUGCAAUUUGUUUUAAAAUGAGUUGUGGUCAGAGUUGAAAAUCUUAAGAUUUUAGCACUUUCCAAAGACUCUGCCCAUAUUUUCAAGACCCAGUCACGUUUUCUGUACUUUUUUUUUUUUGGUCCAAUGUCUCAUUUUUAUCUGUGUUAUGUACAUGAUCAUGUCCUGACUAGCAAUUGACUUUACAAACUGGACUAUAUUCAGUACAGGAAUUCAGAUCGUCCAAUUAUCGUACUAUGACUAAUUUUUAAAUAAUAUGUUGUUCACACUUUCAAGUCUAGGAUAGUAAAUGAUUUUUGCAACUGAACUCCAUUUAUUGCAAGAUUCAGAUUGUGUUGAAAACAUUGUGACUUGUUUUUAAAGGAUGUGUUGUCAGAGAUGAAAUUCAUCCUGACCUCUUUUUUUUUUCUUCUUCUUUUUAUAAUUCUGUAUUUUAGCACUAGCCAAAAACUUCCUGUUUCUGUUAAAAACUCACAUUCACUCACUUCUUUUUACAAGACCUUGCAAAGUUGUCAGGAUUUGUCUUUCUGAUGCAAUUUCAUCCGUCUCUUGUGUACGUGAGUGGUCUUUGAAUAAUAAUUCUCUUUAUAAACUAAAUUGUAUUCAGUGCAGGAAUUCAGACUGGUUUAGGUAUUAUGACUUGUUUUUCAAUGAUGUAUUAUUCACAUGGAUCAAAUCUGGAUUAUAAAUUACUAGAAACUGAACAGAUUUCCUUUCAAGAUUAACUCCAUUCGUUAACUACUGCAAAAUUAGGGCUCAAUCUUCAUAAUUUGUUGCCUACUGGAAUUUGAAAUGUUUUGCUGCAUGCAAGGUACGCACAGUAAUUUUGAGCCUGCCUACUCCAGUUUUAGACAUGAAACUUUUGCAACAAUAUAUAAAACAAUUUAAUAAUCCCUUGAACAAAAAUAUGGGUAAAGCCCCUGUCCUAUAUGUAUGGUAAUUCAUAUCGCAACUGAAUUGCAACAAUGGCCAUCGGUGCCAUCAUUAAGUUCAAGCCCUGAAAACACAAGACUUGCCUCGGGGAUCACGCUGGGAUUAAUUUUCUUUUAGCCAAUUUUCAGUCAUGUAGAGUAUUUGAUAAGUGUUACAAAAUGGCUUAUUUAAACACAAGUUUAUUAGCCAAACACUAAAUGUUGUAUAAAAAAUUAGCAAUUGGCUAAUUUGAUAAUGGGCAGGGCGUGAUCCUGUACCUCCAGUUUUAGUAAAUUUGUGUGUUAUCACUAUCAAUAAUUGUGGGCAACUGCAACAUAAUAGAAAUCUGUCACCAUGGAUUUUUUCUGUUUUCUUAAAAUUAUUUUAUAACACAAAGUAGUGAAAUAAUGAAGAAUAAUAUGAUUUUAUGUGAUGUACAUUACUGACUAUUGCCAAAAGCUGUCUAGGAAUGGUACGGUAUGUAAAAGAACACAAAUUAAUUUGGAUGAUCAUUUCAAAUGGUAAAUAAUUAAAAUAUACUCACGAUUACAUCUUAGAAAACGUCUUGGUUAACUGCGAGAAAAUAAAGGUUUGUUGUUGAUGCUCCUGACACAUUUGUUUUAAAGUAUUCAACAAAAUCCUAAUGUUAGCGAUUUAAGUAACAUUAGUUUAAACAUUUUCAUGUUAUGGGUGAAAUAGAUGAAGAAGACUAAAAUUGUCCCAUAUUUAUUGAGAUGUCAUAAAUACAUAAAAAACGUAGUAAUGACUGCAAGUUUUAAGCAAUAUUUAUGCUCCCAUCUUCAGUGUUAAUAUAGACCAUGAAGAUGAUUUUAUGUAAAAAUUCCUGAAUGAAACAUUUUUGAGCCCUGGAA